UCUUCUAACACUAUAUAAAAUGAAGUACAUAACAAUCUUACGUCGACAGUUAAAAGCUAGACGUGAUAGUGAGAAACAUCAUGGGUACCAAAAACUUCCCGUAUUUUUUAUCUAGUUUAGUGGUAAGAGGUUUCGGUAGAGGUUCCAAAGCUUUAGGUAUACCAACGGCAAAUCUCGAAGAUAAGGUUGUUGAUUCUUUACCUAGCGAUCUUAACACUGGAGUCUAUUUCGGAUGGGCUUCUAUAGACGGAAAAAUUUAUAAAAUGGUUGCAAGUAUUGGAUGGAAUCCAUUUUACAAAAAUGAAAAGAAGACAGUGGAAGUUCACCUACUUCAUAAAUUCGAAAAUGACUUUUAUGGGAAACAAAUUAAAGUAAUUUUCGCGGGUUAUAUACGACCAGAACAGGAUUUCACUUCCGAAGGGGAAUUGAUUAAAGCAAUAAAUAAUGAUAUUAGUGUAGCUGAAGAACAGUUGCAACAACCACAUAUAAAUGCUUAUAAAGAGGACAAAUUUUUGAAGGAAUAAUUUACAAAUUAUGUUAUAUAUAAGUUGCUUUCACAAGUUAAAUUUAUAUUUUAGAACUUUAAAAUAUCCUUGUCUUUAAUAAUAAUUCUUCAUAAAUUAGAGAAUAUUGUAUUAAAUAAAUCUUAUUAUAUUUCAAAUAUUCUAUCAAUUAGGAAUGUACAGGCAAUUUAUAUAAUGUACACAUUUUUAAUUAAUAUUUUGAUAUACAUGUAGUUCUUUGUAUUGUAUUUAUAAUAUAGUAUUUGUACAUUAAAAUAUACAUUGUAAAAGUGUAUCCUAAAUAAAGAUACCAAAUUAUUUUCUUACAUGUA